AUGAUGCAGCUGAUCUUUAUGUUAGUUGUCGGUCUAUUAUAUUGUGUAGACUACGCAUAUUUAUCCAAAUCUGAAGCAUCACGCUUUCAAUUCACUGAAGAAGCUCAAACAGCUCUAUGCCCAUUUGUUGGCACUGAAGGGAUGAGAUGCUUUGAUGGUAGUCCUGUAAAGCCAUCGGGCAGAACGCUUGAUUCGAACUAUUUGCAAUUACCACGUGGUGUCGGAAUGAGUGUUGAUCGAAGAUCUGGUCGACUCAUAGCUCCAGCUAUUAAACUGACGUGUCCACCUAAGGGUUGUCAUACGUUUUGGACUGAUUCUUUUACAGGUAUAAUGUUCAACGUAUUUAGCGAAGCAAAGUUAGGCUCAGCUCAUAGUGUAGGAACUACUUAUGACAGAGCUAACAUUCAAAUUUUUCGAAAUGCAUCACAAUUAAAUGAAGCGUGGCGACGUUCAUUCGCCGAGGGAAUGGUUCGUGGUGGAGAACUAGCUCGCCCACCUGACCUUCUAGAGUAUUCUAAUAGUUAUUUUAAACGUGAUGAUGCUCUAGCACUUUCUCAACGUGUGAUUGGACUUUAUACACUGACAUUAAAUACUUCGACUAUUGAGCUUAACUCAUUCGCCCGCGAUGCAGUUUCGAAAUUAACACCAAACUUUGAUCCUGAUCUUUAUGAAGAUUUUCUUGAUGCUUGGGGAACUCAUAUUAUUACUAAGUCGCUUGUGGGUGGUAUGGUGGAACAACGAGCUAUACUAAAACGAUGUUUCGAAGCUGGCAAUGAUCGCAUCUUUGGCCAAUGUAUACCAUUCUCUAAUCGAGAUCCAGGUAAUUCCACUUGUGGCUACUAUGCUAGUUUCGCACGCAUGAUUUCGAAACGUCGUCUUGGAGGUGAUGUGGCACUCGACAACGAUAAUGAAUGGAAAAGAACGCUCUCCACCGGGCCUGCUCUCCUACAGAUUCUUGAAAUGGUUCCUUGGUAUGAUUUCGUCACUGAUGAAGCUGUGAAACAAAACUUACGUACAAUCAUUCGAUAUCGACAGAGAAACAUCGAUUUAGUGCAAACAGAAGCAGUCCGCCAAAUCGAUGCACGUUUAUCUCCCUGUCCUAUUGGCAUUCCAGUGCGUGCCAGUGCCAUUGAUAUUUUCUCGAAUGCUCGAUGGCAACAAAAUGGUAUCACUGUCGCUGGAGGAAAUGGACAAGGCAAUGGAAUCAAUCAACUCUCAGUCCCAUACAGUUCCUUUGUUGACGAUGAUCAAACUGUCUAUGUUGCUGAAUAUUUAAAUCACCGUAUUGUGGAGUGGAGAUCGGGUGCGACGAGUGGCCAAGUGAUUGCCGGUGGAAAUGGACCAGGGAAUGGGGUUAAUCAAUUGUCUCAUCCAUUAGAUGUGAUUGUCGACAAAGAGAGAAAUAGUCUCAUUAUUUGCGAUCAUGGAAAUUUAAGAGUGGUUCGAUGGCCUCGUCAAAAUGGGAGAAGUGGAGAAACGAUCGUCUCCAACAACCAUUGUGCGGGUUUGACUGUGGACGAGAAUGGAUCUCUUUAUGUCGUUAACUAUGGACAACAUGAAGUAAGACGAUAUCGAAGAGGAGAAUCUCAGGGAACAGUGGUUGCAGGUGGCAAUGGAAAUGGAAACCGCCUCGAUCAACUCACUCACCCGCAUUACGUAUUCGUCGAUCGAGAUCAAUCAGUAUACGUGUCUGACACUGGAAAUCAUCGUGUGAUGAAAUGGAUGGAUGGUGUAAAACAGGGCAUUGUCGUGGCUGGUGGUCAAGGACACGGGAGUAGUUUCACACAGUUGUCAUAUCCUUAUGGAGUCGUUGUCGACCAAUUGGGCACUGUCUAUGUGACUGACCUAGGGAAUGCUCGAACCAUGCGUUGGCCCAAAGGAGCCACACAAGGAAGUGUCGUUUUUGGUGGAAACGGUGGAGGAGUACAAUCGAACCAACUGAAUCGGCCCAGCGGUUUAUUAUUCGAUCGACACGGUAAUUUCUAUGUCGUUGAGCAGGGAAAUCAUCGUGUACAAAAAUUCAAUCUAGAAUCCAACAACAGCAAUUGA